UGAGUUCACAUUACACGAUUAUUGAAGAAACAGAAGAAAGAAACCAAAUAAGAUUAAAUUAAUAUUCAACCGACCACUGGCUCAAGCAUGCGAGCGAAUGCGAUAGAAAGAAAAAAAAGGCGCUAAAAAAGUAAAAUGUCAUUAAUGUCAAUUUUCGUAAAUAUUUUUGUUCACAGACAGAGCAAGACAGAGGUAUCAAAUUUCAUUUUAUUCCAUGCUAAUUACUUCACAAAAUCAAGAAUAAAACAAAAUGAUAGCGAGACCCUUCACGGAUGACUUGCCCAAAUGCAGGAACACUUGCGUUGCAUCGUAUUUUUCAAGGCUUGGCGGUAAUAAUAGCAAUAAUGACGACUAUCUCUGUUUCUAUUGCAAAACUGAGGAUAAUUCGUGUUUGUACGGUGUGUUCGAACCGCACAAUGGCCUGGAAGCAGCGAGAUACAUCAUGCAGCGGAUGGCGGCAGAGAUACUGUUCCCUUCGCCCUCCGCCAAUAAUACAGAUGAGGAGAUUAGAGACAGAUUAAGAAACGCUUUCGUGUCUGUAGAAAAAGCGUACAUAGAGAACUAUGACGGAAUGAUCGCAGAGAGGACCAGCCUUCAGUAUCAGCUCCCACAAAUCAUGGGGGAACAACAGAUGUCCCAAUAUGAGCACAUAGUGUCCCGCCUCAAAGAAAUAGACCAGCACCUCUCCGGUGGAGCCACCGUGGUUAUAGCCCUCGUUUUAAAUGGCAAACUAUUUGUGGCCAACGUAGGUGAGACCCGAGCAUUACUGUGCCGGACUGAUGACAACUCUGUGCUGAGGGUGGUACAGUUGACGAUGGAUCAUAGUCUGAAUAAUGAAGAUGAGCUGUUGAGGUUAUCGCAGUUGGGGUUGGAUGUGAAUAAGUUGAGGAACGCCCAAUACCUAGGCAACCAGACGGGGACCCGUUGCCUGGGCAACUACCUAGUCAAGGGCCUUUACAAAGCCUUCCCUACGAUCAGCGCAGCCUCAUCGGAACCGGUGGUGGCCACUCCCGAAAUACACGGGCCCAUCGCUUUGGACGAGUCUUGCAGAUUCCUAGUGCUAGUCAGUGCUGGAGUGUACAAACGCAUCCAAGAAGUCAGGGGCAGCUGUGAACAGGCCAAUAAACAACUGGCCCAAAUAAUAGUAGAAAACUUCCGGAAAGAAACAAACUUCAAACAUGUGAGCCAGUCUGUGCUCGGUGAAAUAGAGGAAGAAUUCGUCUCAUACUGUGUAAAGAACAACCUUACACCAAAAGCAAACACUCAUAUGUCACUCGUAAUAAGAAACUUCAACUUUCUUCCACCUAUAGACGAUGACCCAAUACCAAAAAAUCCAUCGGUGAGAUUCAACCCGAUCGUUCAAUCCAAAUCGACAACGUUACUAAAUGAGAUUGACUCAGAACAGUAUUCUUCGGGGAAUGAGAUUGAGACGAACGAUUCAAAUGUAGAUACAAAUAGAUCGGAUCGAUCAGUGGAGUCAUCUUCAGACAUAUAUCCAACGAGACAGUUUGAGAAGGAGAGAAAAAUCAAAGGUUACGUUGACUUUUCUUGCUAUUACGAGAAUGUGGCUAAAGCUAGAAAGAAUGGGACGUUGCCUGGAUUUAUUAAAUAGGUUAUAAUUUGUUAAAAAUUGUAUAUCGGUUAUUUUGAAUAACUAUAGUGUUAAAGAAUGGCAUAAUAAUUGAGAACCGAAUAGUAUUAUUUUUAUGCUACAUUAUUACAAGUAAUUUGCGUGAGUCGUACUGAAAAUUGCGUGUAUCACCUAUAUUUAUGGAUAUUUGAUUAGAAAGUGCAUUGUAUAGUUUUUGUUGUAGAAAAUUGAUGAAAGGUAGAUCAGUCCUCGCAAUAUAGAGAGAUAAUCUGAGCUUCACUAACCUUAAAGUCAAUCCUCGGAGCUGAUGAUGAUGAUGUCACACGGAGCACAGUUACACACGCGAAUAAUCACAAAAGACACGGUCUUUCGAAGGAGUGACGUCACUUAUUCCGGAGCGCGCGACAUACGUGUGUGCGCAUUGAACGUCGCCCGGCAACUGAGGCUCCGACCGUUGAACGACCGGUAGGAAAAUAAAGUUGGCGAAGCAAAUAUGCGACUACCCGCCAAUAUUUUUACAAGGACUGAACUA